GCGAAAAGGAAGACGAUUCCAGCGCAUGCUCACUGUGCCACGUGUGGAGCGGUACCUGCCUGACCAGAGAUCAAAGAUUAUUACCAGUCAGUGAUCAGCUCUGAUCGGGUCAGGAAGAAUGGCAGCAGGACCGGAAGGAAAACUGCAGCUGGUCCAGAGACACGUCCGAGCUUUUCCAGACUUCCCAAAGAAAGGGAUCCUGUUCAGAGACAUUUGUCCCAUACUGAAGAGUCCAGCUGCCCUCACAGCAGUCAUUGACCUGUUUGAAGAACGUGUGAGGAGCCGUCAGCUGCAGGUGGACCUGAUCGUCGGUUUGGACGCUCGUGGGUUCCUGUUUGGGCCCCUGCUCGCCCAGAGGCUGGGCGUUGGCUUCGUCCUGGUUAGGAAGAAAGGCAAGCUGCCCGGAGCCACGGUCAGCGUGGCCUAUGACCUGGAGUACGGCACGGCGGAGGCAGAGAUCCAGGAGGAUGCAGUGGCUCCAGGCCAGAAGGUUCUGAUUAUUGAUGAUCUUUUAGCUACAGGAGGGACGCUGCUUGCAGCCUGUGAGCUAAUGAAGAAGCAGCGGGUGGACAUCCAGGGCUGCAUGGUGGUCAUCGAACUCAGAGACCUGAAGGGAGCUGACCGUCUGAAGCCUCACAACGUCUUCUCCCUUCUCCAGUACUGAGGAGCGGCACAGCGCCCCCUCUGGUUCGCCAGGACCACCGCGGCAUCCCCUGGUGACUACAGCCAAGAAAACAAGAAAGCCUCAAAGAGCCCAUCCUGAACCUCCGCUCCUUUUACACACCCUGGAUAAUGAAAGAGACUAACUUAGCGUUAAAUGUCUGAAACUGGUCAACAGCACAGAUGGAUGGAACUAGUCAUCCAUAAACUCUAUUCCAAUUGAAUUGUUGUAUCAGGACCAAAGCUCCCUCCUGCUAUAUGCAGCUGAGAUUUUCUUCUGUUCAGAUGCUGAAUCUUCUUCUUCUCUGCCUAGAGGUCCUAGUUGGUUUGCAUCUAGGACUAGGUAUCAAGUCCUAGAUGCAAACCAAACCGUUUCUUCAUCUAUAAGACAUAAAACUUUCAAGUUUAAAAUGACUUGACCAUCUAAAGCCGGAGUGUCAAACUCAUUUUCAUGUUUUGCCCCAUCAAGAUCUUGAAUGUCCUCAAAGGGACGAUUGUGGCAGAAUGUGUAGAUAAAACUACCUUUUAGUAAAGUUUUAAAAUAUAGCUUUCUCUGGAUUCAGUUUGCAAUUUUUAAUAAAUACUUUUGUUUUAUUAAA